AUGGCCAGACCAUCGGUCAACGUUAUCACACACCCUAGCCUCAAGGCCAAACUCAAGCUACUCGAAGACAGAGCCACAAUACCAGCUGCGGUUCGAAGCCUUGUCGCACAAGCUACUACCAUACUCGCCGUCAAUGCCACCUCCGAUCUCGAAGCCGAGAGCUCUACCGUGCUCGUUCCUGUUAUGCGCAGCGGACUUGCCAUGGUAGACUCGUUCCUCGAUGUCUUGACUCCUGCACACAAGGUUGCUGUGCACCAUCUUGGUCUUUUUAGAGACCCGAGUACUCUCGAGGCUGUUGAGUACUACAACAACAUCCCGGUUUCAGGCAAUCCUGCCAAGUACGCAUUCGUUGUGGAUCCUCUUGUUGCGACAGGAGCCAGUGUCUGUGCAGCAAUUGACAGUCUCAAGCGUUGGAAAGUUGAGAAUAUCAUUGUGGUCGCUUUGCUAGCGACCAAUGAAGCAAUUGAGCGAGUCAAGAAGCACUACGGCGAUGGUGUGCAAUUCUUUGUUGGAGAUAUCCAAGCUCUGGACUCAAAUGGUCGGAUCACGCCAGGCGUGGGUGAUAUGGGUGACAGACUGUACUUCUAG